AUGCCGCCGCGUAAAAUCGAUACAUCGCGCCGCAGUGACGUCUCAAUGGCUAGAUUCGCGCUCGUAGAAGGCGAUGCCACGCCUACAGCCGAGCCCUCGCCGAUUUCCGCAACCGCAGCAGACUCAACAACUGUCCCGCCAGCAUCGACGACAGCCAAGACGGCGGUAGCAGAAACCCCAGAUAUCGAAAUGGAACGCGCCAGCGAGGCGGCACCGCAUAGCGACAAGAAGGACAAGGACGCAACGGCGAUCGAGGACCUGAAUCUACCCAAGUCUAUCAUCACGAGGCUGGCCAAAGGCGUCCUGCCGCCAAACACUCAAAUCCAGGCUAAUGCCAUACUGGCCAUGACCAAGGCGGCGACGGUAUUCAUAAAUCACCUCGCAAAUGCCGCAAAUGAGCGAACGCAAAACUCGAAUAAAAAGACUAUAAUGCCGCCCGACGUCUUUGAUGCCCUCGAUGAUAUUGAAUACCCCGAGUUCAAGGAAUUGGUACAGCAGGAGUUCAAAAAAUUCAACGAGAUCCAGUCCUCGAAACGAAACACCUACCGGCGCAAAGUCGCGGCUGCCAAGAAGGGGGUACCCUAUGUCGAGACAAAUGGUCCUUUGCGCGAGCCUCGCGUUCCCGAGGCCACCGGCCCGCCAGGGACAACCUUUAUCGAGGACCCGGCCGCCGCCGCGGGCAUCGAUACGUCGCGGUCCAUCAAGAAGCAGCGCAUGUCGGCAGCUGCUGCCACCACGGCCACGGGCGGCGGCGGCGGCCAGCCGGGGUGCGCCGACGACAGCGCCAUGGCCGGUGCCGACGCGGAUACUACGCAGGAGUACCAGGAUGCCGAGUCCGAGUCGGACCACGUUGACGAGGAUGACGAGGACGAGCCCGGCGAUGAUGUGGACGAGGAAGAGGACGAUGAGGAGGAAGAGGGCGCACAGGAUGAUGAUGAGAUGCAGGAUGCCCUCGAAGAGCGCGAGGAGCAGAAUGGCGAGGAUGAGGCCCUGGAUAACGGCGAGGACAGCGACUCGUAA